AUGUUCCAAGAGAGACUAAAAAGUAUCGACAGGAAUUCCGAGUCCAUCACGGAGAGCAUCGCCAACUUCCCUGAACGGUUUGGUCGGACCUACCACGCGUAUCAGGAUGGCUCGUACCGCUUCCCCAACGACUCGCCCGAGCAGGAGCGGCUAGAACUCCAAGGGCUUGUCAUGGCAGAGCUGUUCGGCGGGCGGUGGUAUCUCGCUCCCAUCACAGCCAACGGGCCUCCGCGCCGCAUUCUCGACGUCGGCACGGGCACGGGCAUGUGGGCGCUAGAGAUGGGAGAUCGCUUCCCCGAGGCCCGUGUGUACGGGAUCGAUUUAUCGCCCAUACAACCCACCGCCGUGCCGUCCAACGUCCAUUUCUUUGUCCAGGAUGCCGCCCAGCCAUGGGACUGGAAUGAGCCCUUCGACUACAUCUUCAUCCGAAGCAGCCUCGGCUCCUUCGGCGACUUCAAGAACGAGAUCAUCCAGCAAGCCUUCGACAACCUGGGCCCGGGCGGCUGGUUCGAGGCGCAGGACUUCAACUGCGAAGGGCACUCGGACGACGGGACGUUGACGCCCUCCAGCGCCCUCCAGCGCUGGUUCGACGAAAUGAACAUGGCCAGCCGGCUGGCGAACCGGCCCCUCUCCGUGGCGCACGUCUUCAAGCAGUGGUUCCUGGAGGCCGGGUUCGUCGACGUCCACGAGAAGGUGUUCAAGGUUCCCAUGAACGGCUGGGCCAAGGACCCGAGAUACAAGGCCCUUGGUAGGCUCUGGGAACAGAACAUGUUGAGUGGCAUUAGCGGGUUUUCCUUGUCGUUGUUUACACAAGUGUUGGGGCGCAAACCUGAAGAAAUUGAGGUCUCACUUGUGGACGUGAGAAAAGAUAUUUCCAACCUUUAUAUCCACACGUACGCCAAAAUCUACGUCGUCUACGGCCGGAAACCGUUCCCACACGAGAUGACAUCGACGACGGCCGAGGAAGUUGGCAUGACGACAUGA